AUGGUCAAUCCCGAACUUCGCCGGCAAGUUAUUACCGUUUACAAAGGGCGCGAGUACCCCUUGGGGUACACAUACUUCAGAGAUCGCUUGCAUCGUGCGUUCAUAGGCCAGACUCAUCUCCGGGAUGAAGAGCAGAUCCGGAAGGGGAUUGCCAGGGCUGAAUUUGUGAAGAAAGGUUGGUUUAUCGCAUCUCGCCGACACGCUGUCAUGGUUGCCAAGUAG